UACAAAUGUGGGAGUGGGGAGAGGAGCAGAAAUUGGCAGUAGCAGACCUACAGACGGCAUUUAAGGAAGCAUCAGUGCUGGAACUGCCACAAUGGGACGUGCCUUAUGUACUGUACACAGAUUGGAGCAGUGCAGGGAUGGGAGCCGUACUGUGCCGGGUGGUGGAUGGCAUGGAAAGAGUAGUGGCGUUUGCCAGCCGCAGCUGCAAUGCAUCAGAGGCAAACUACUCAUCAUACGAAGGGGAAGAGCUAGGGGCAGUGUGGGCAGUGGGACAUUUUAGGGUGUACCUUCAAGGGAAACAUUCACGUUGGUCACAGACCAUGAGCCUCUGCUAUGGCUGAUGUAGAAUCAAGUGCUUACUGGGAG